AUGGAUCUUGAAUACACGGUAACAGAAACUAUAACAACACUUUCUGAUUCAGUCAUGGAAAUUAAUUAUGAAUUCGAAGAAAUUACAAUAGAAAAUGUUAAACGUGGUGUAAGCACCAAACAAGAACGUCGUAGUCGAACAUAUGCUGCUAAUAUAACACGUGCACAUUACGAUAGUCUAAUUCGUAGAACACCAGGUGCAUUAUCGUUUGAUAAUUUUGUUCAUGUUUUACGUCCAUUUAUGAUGGGAUUUUAUGGUAGAAAUGAAUUGGAACAAGCAUUUUCAAUUUUAGAUAAAGAUGGUUCUGGUUCUAUUCAUGUUAAUGAAUUAAGUAUUUUUUUACCGGUUAUUAAUGAAUCUGCAACAAGUGACAUGUUGAAAAGUUAUAUCAACCAAGUUUAUACGAAUAUUGAAGACAGUUUAAAUUAUGAUGAAUUUCGAGCAUUAAUCUUAAAAGGAAUUGGCCGUGAAAUACUCUGUCAUAGCGGAUAA